CAAGUCGUGGAUGGCAUACGUGUAGUUCGUCUUGUAAUUGAGUGACGAGAAGACCGGUUGGUUAACGUAUUUUGGGAGACAUUGUCAAUUCUGGAUCGAGAGUCUUUUGAUAGACUCCUCAUAACUCUAGAUGGCUUGGAUACAUGUGAGCGAGUAAGGACGCCUAGCUGGCUUGACGUUCUCCAGGAAAUCGAAGGGCCUUUUUUGCAAUGGCUUCAGAUGCAAGUCACACAGCCGGAAAGCAUGAAUCGUUUGGGCAGAGGUUGCCGCCUCUAUACAUCUAUUUGAAGAGGGUUCUUGACAAGUAUCCUGAAGGUGGACAAAUACUGAAGGAGCUUGUUCAGAAUGCAGACGAUGCGAAGGCGAGUAAGGUGGUGUUCCUCUAUGACAAGACGGAGCAUCCACGCCAGAGACUUUGGUCAGACACGUUGGCUGAAUUCCAAGGCCCGGCUCUGUAUGCCUACAAUGAUGCAUCCUUCACAAAGGAAGACUGGAAGAACAUCCAACACCCUGAACAGAGCGGAAAGCGUAAAGACCCAACGAAGGUUGGACGGUUUGGACUUGGCUUCAUCUCUGUUUUCCAUCUCACAGAUAUGCCUUGCAUCCUGAGUGGGGAUCAAAUCGGAUACCUGGAUCCGCUGGAGGAGAACUUCACCUUUGACCCUAAUACCAACACAAGGUAUGUGGGAGAACGCGGUAAGAGCUGGAAAUUGUCCCCUGCUCUGUUAAGUGAGUUUCCUGAUCAGUUUUCUCCUUUCCUGACUGAGCUGUUUUCGUGCAGUGAAGGUAACUUUCAGAAAGGCUCGUUCAAGGGUACCAUCUUUCGAUUCCCACUGCGAAAAAGGAAAUCUGAAUUGAGUGGAUCAUUGUUCCACGAUGAAGAUCGCGUCAUGGAGCUCUUUGAGUCUUUCCAAACUGAUGCAGAGCUCUCUCUACUCUUUCUGAAGAAUAUUGAGUCCAUUGCUGCAUAUAAAAGGUGUCGAAGUGAGGAACAACCUAUACUCAUCUUUAAGGCACAGAUCGGUCAGGAAGACCGCCCUCAAGUGCGUAAAAACAUGAAAGACUUCUUGAGUAAAGUUCCAGAGCGAAGAAAUUUUCAUGCUAUUAGUUCUCUGCAAAUAGAGAGCCAACUUGGACAACAGGCAGAACUGACUAUCAGCAGAUUUAUCAUCAUCAACGCCUUGAAGAAUAUCAACACAUCACCUGAACUCAACGCCCUUAUCAACGAUAAAGAGUUGAAGUUUCUGCCGUGGAUGGGGAUGUCUUUCCGAAUCAGCUGUACCUUAGAGCAAAGUAUGAACGAGCAAAAAGGUCGUGUGUUCUGCUUUCUCCCAUUGCCAGACAGUGAGACGACUGGCUUACCUGUACACGUCCAUGGCUAUUUUGGUCUCGGUGAUAACCGCCGGAGCAUCAAGUGGCCUGAUCAGGAGUCCCAGCACGACAAGAAAGCCCAUUGGAACCACCUUCUUGUGACAGAAGUGCUCCCUGAGGUCUAUGGCCGUCUGAUUUUGGCUGCGAUUGAUAAAAAUCGAGAGCAGCCAGAUACAAUGCUGCCUAGAGAUGUAUACAAAGGGUGGCCAUGCAUUGAAAAUGUCAACAGUCAAUGGUCAGAUUGCGUCAAAAAGUUCUUACGAUCGAUAAAGGACGAGGCCAUCUUCUACACGGAUCAAGGCUCCUGGGCUAAGUCAGCUGAUGUCUACAUCAACACCAGAAAUGAUGAUUUGAUUUCAAAGGUGCUGGUCGAGAAGGGGUGCCUAGUGGCACAGCUGCCAAAUCACGUCCUUGAAUCACUAGAUUGGGCAGGCGUGCCUUACAAGAGGGUAACACCAGAAAUAGUAAGAAGCUGCAUCCGUGGAGAUCCACUGCGGUUCCUCAGCUGUGAAGAAAAGCUUGAGCUUCUCGAGUACGUCACAAGUGACGACAUUUCUGAUCUGAAUGACCUACACUUACUCCCCUUAGCCAAUGGGAAGUUUACGUCAUUUAGUAAGAAAAUGCCUACAGUAUUCAUUGACAACACCGACAAUCCAAGCACGCUUAUUCCAUACGGAGAAGGGAGGUUUGCGGCGAGAGACAUGCCUAAUGUAUUGAAAGAUUCCAUGGCUGAAAAAUGCACUCAACUCAAGAGACUUUGCAUCACAGAUGUUGCACCAUUGUUGCUAGAGAUGCUUCCAAACACAUGGAGUAACUUAUCAGCAAGUGGAACUCUGCCAUGGAGUCCAGGCAUCAACCAACAGCCGUCUGUUGAGUGGCUGGAAAUCAUGUGGCAGUGGUUGACCAAAAACCACAUGCAGGUGCAUCUCAGUGCAUUCAAGAAUAUGCCACUGAUUCCCAUGCCAACCAAUCGAAUGGCAAGACUAAAAGAAAACGGGUUAAUAUUUCAGCAAACGGCUACAGAUCCAGAUGGUCUAUCAGAAGAUGUCUGUUCAUUCCUUGAGACUGUUGGCAUAGUUGUCAUUCGGCAUACACUCUCUGAUUAUGUCACACGACACCCAGAUCUCAACAGCUUUAUAAAAGCUCCAACUCCCGAAGGUGUGAUGGCAGUCCUGGAGACAAUUGAUCGCAUUCACAGCACCCAACACAUAUGCCUUGUUGUUAAAGACAUGUCCUUAAAUGCCAAGGAUGAGCUUCGAGGUUUGUUAGCCCAGCCUCAUUGGAAGGUAUUGCCACACCAACAAGACAUUCUGAGACAGUUACCACUGUUUGUGGCAAGUUCUGGUCACUACAUUUCAGCCAAAAGUGGUAUAGCUGUUGUUCCAGUCGACAUGUUUGGUAUACCGGUUGAUGUCUUGAAAGAUGGUGCGAAGUACAUACUCAAAAGAGAUAUCAGCGACAAUCUUGCAUUGUCAUUACAGGUUCCUGUGCUUUCUGUUCGUGAACUGCUAGCCGAAAACAUUCUCCCCUCUGUGGCUGCUAGAUUUUACGGUCCCGAUGAUUCACUUAAGAUUAUGGCCUGGGUACUCGAGAGGCCAGAAUUUGAUGAUCUUAUCAGGGAGGUACAGUUUAUACCCUUGGCCACUGCCUCCCAACAGCUGUCGUGCCCCAAUAGGUUAUUCGAGCCCACCAAAGUACUUCAGGUGCUGUUGAAAAAUCAGGACGUGUUUCCCACAGGUGCCUAUGCUGAAGGUAAACUACUCAAGUUCUUGAAGCGGGUCGGUUUGAAAAACCAGACUGAUAUUACAGCAAUGGAUGUGUUACACGCUGCAGUCCAGUUGUCUGAAACUCAAGCUACGGGGCAGGCAGAUGUAGAGAGAGGACAGGUUCUGUUAGACCACAUCAAUGAACACCCGCAAGUCUUAUACGUCAGAGGCACAAGUGGGAGGACCAAGGAGCCGUUGUUCAAGGUUCUUGGAAACAAAUGUUGGGUUCCGUGUGCAGCCUCGCCGCCUGCAGACUAUCCUGUGGCUGCUGGAUGGAUGGGAAAAUCAACACGUCUUUACUCACCGGAGACCGUUGGUUCGAUAGAGUCAGCUCUGUUUUAUGGUUCUGUUCUCCCUCUGGUCAACUUACCUAGCAUCAGCGAAGAAGUGCAACGCGCAUUCGGUUGGAGAAAGAAUCCGUAUCCUAACAUUCGGCAACAUGUUGAAUAUGUUGUGCAUCACUUGAAGAACAUUGCCAACACAUCCCAGUCUGCUCAUCAAGAUUCGUACACAGUUUCUAAAUCAGCAUCUGUGAUUUACCAAUUCCUGAGCAAAGCAUCAAACCCAGACGUUCGUGCCUUUUUCAAAACACACAUGAAUCUGUCACAACCUUGGGUUUGGCACGGCUCGGGAUUUACAACACCAGACAAAAUAGCACUGGGUGUUGGUAAUCUUGGCGUCAGUUUGGUACCCUACCUUCACAUCGUACCGAAGGAAAUGCAGAAAUACAGCGUUUUCUUUUCCAACAUGGGUGUCAAUCAAACAUUUCAAGAAAAGGAACUAAGUACAGUUCUCCUCAGUGUGCAGCAUAAGCAUCAAUCUGAGCUGGUGCCUUCAGAAGAGGACUAUCAGACAGACUUAAAUCUCAUUUCCAACAUCCUGAGGUACAUCGUUGACCAGAACUUUAAAACUCAUUCCACCAAGAUCCUGGUACCAUGCAGAACACUGAGAACAGACGGUGAGAGACGACUGAAAAUGGUACCGGCUGUUGAAUGCCUGUAUGUAGACGAAGAGAGACUGGCACAUCAGCUGUAUGAUGAGGACACCAAGGAAGAAUUUGAUACGCCAGUUAUCCAUGAGUCAAUAUCAAACGAUUUAGCUCGACGCUUGGGAUUGCUUCCUCUUAGCCACUUCCUUGCACCAGUAGAUGAAGUAGAAUUUGAAAUGGCUGGACCCCACGAGACAACAGUAAACGCUAUCAAGCGGAAUCUGGACAUGUACAAAAACAAUGUAGACAUAUUCAAAGAGUUGAUACAGAAUGCUGACGACGCAGGUGCAACGGAGGUCAAAUUCCUCCUUGACUGGCGCAGGAAUGAGCAAACUGCUUAUAACCUACUGAGUGACAGCAUGAAAGAGUGUCAUGGGCCGGCUCUGUGGGCUUACAACGAUGCCUGCUUCUCCAAAGACGACAUCAAAAACAUCUGUAGCAUAGCUGCGCAGAGUAAGAAGCACCAGCUGGACAAAGUGGGAAGGUUUGGCCUGGGAUUCACGUCAGUUUAUCACCUUACAGACAUCCCCAGUGUUGUCAGUGGACCCUAUGUCCUUAUCUGUGAUCCUAGAACAAUCUAUCUUGGAUCACGUGUCAAGGCGGGACAGCCAGGCAUCAAGCUGGAUUUGACAAAUGGACGCCAUCGUAAGACUCUGAAGAGUUACCCUAACCAGUUUCAAUCCUACAACGGCAUCUUUGGUUGUAACCUUCUGGCAUCAACCACACAUUAUAAACACACACUGUUCCGACUACCACUACGUACAGUGUUUGGAGCCGACAGUCAGCGACCCAAUCAACUAUCAGACUUCAUCUGUGACUCUAGGGACAGAAUUAAGCCCUUAAUAGAAUCCCUAAAGAAGUCGGCAGAAACUCUUCUCCUAUUCACUCAGAACAUUGUCCAUGUCAGUCUUCAUGAACUUUCUGGAAAUGAUAGUGUAAUGGAAGAUGUCAUGUCUGUCACAGUAUCCAGACUUCAGCAAAUGCCCCGAUCGAUAUCACAUGCUGCAGACAAAGUAGAUGACAUCAGGACUGAACGCAGUCUCCUGAAGGCUACAACGGAAUGCAUGGGAGACCCUACCAUGCCAGUUCCAGAAACAACCAUGAUCCUGGAGAUCACCCAGAAGAUACAUGGAACACUUGAAAACAUCGAAACUGCAGACAUAAACAAAGACUCAGUGCACUACAUCACCAGUUCCUGCAUGUCAAGGGGAAAUAUAUCAAAACUAGCCAAUACCCCCGAAGGUCUAAAAGCUGCAGUUCUGCCCUGUGGUGGAAUUGCUGCUCAACUAGUUGCUGGUGAAGGAGGCUGCUUAAAGCUUAAACCUGCAAAGGGAAGUGCAUUCAGCUAUCUACCUCUAAAUGUCUGGACAGGCUUACCCUUCCAAGUCAACGGUAGUUUCUUACUGCAGCCAAAUCGUCGACAACUGUGGGGCAAAUCCUCGUCAGGAACGGAGGAAUUUGAAGUGCGUUGGAAUUGCUGCUUCAUAGCGUCAGUAUUGUGCAAAGCAUUACUGAACCUGCUUCAAGAUCUGCAGGGGCUGCAAGAAAAGGGUAUUGUGGAUGCCCGCAAUUUUCAGAGUCUUUGGCCAAAAAGGAUGGUAUGCGACAGUAACUUCCACCCCUUGGUGGAUGCUUUCUACCAAAGAAUUGGAAUGGAAAACAAUGCCCCAGCAGUGAUUUGUGACGAAGGUCGUUGGCUAACAGUGCAUGACUGUUUCUUCACUGCAUGGGAAACUUGUGAUCCCGAAAGCUUGAGAUGCAGUAUAAAAGCCCUACUAGCGAAGAAUCAGGACCCCAAGAAAUGGGUGGAACUGGAACCAGAUGUGAUCAGCAGCAUAUCAGCAGCAGGGGAAAACAGAUGGUUUGAUGACAACACCUUCAGUGUCAAACGAUUCCUGAGAGAGAUAUUCUUUCCGGCAUUCGAAGAUUCUCAACACAUUGAGUCCGACCAUCACAAGGAAAUAAUUCUACAUGUGCUGGAUCUUCGUCUUGGUGGAAGGAAAGUAACAACUUAUGAUGAAGAGUUGCGGACAACAAAGUGUGUACCCGCUUCCCCCUCUGGCAACGAACUAAAGCGUCCUGACCAGCUAGUCAACCCCCGUACAUCCAUCGGAUCAUUGUACAGCGAGGACAACUGUCGGUUUCCACACGGUAGUGAAUUCCGCAAACAGGCACGCCUACUAUCCUUGUCACAGCUUGGGAUGGCCACGGAUGACUUGUCUUGGGAAGAUAUUUGUGAACGAGCCGAGUCAAUGCUGAAGGAUGGUCAGUGUGAGAGGAGGAGUGCAAUACUUCUAAAGCUGAUCAGCAAGAAGCUUACAAAGGCGGACCAGCCCACCUCAGAGCAGAAACGGCGAAUCCAACAGGCAAAUUUCCUUCCUGUCCUGAAAAUACCCGAUGGUUACCCAGCCAAGUGGUACACUUGUGAAGAUGAGUUUAUGUCUGCCGCUCGAUUGUACGCGAGUUGUCAUAAGGAUUUGUUGGGUUCUGUUCAGCCGUUAUUAGACGAGAACAGACUUGCAUUGGAAACGAUUGGUCCUCAGACCAUGGACUUUCUUGGUAUUCACAAGAAAGAAGUUGCAGUCACUGAUGUCGUACAGCAACUUACUGAAGUCAUCAAGGAAGCAUCUGGAGUCAUGCCACAAACAUUGUCUAUGUCAUCUAGCAUAUUUUCCUUUCUCCAGAAGGAAGUUUGUGAAAGCCAUUUCUUGCCGAUACAUGGAUCGGUAAAAGAGAAACACCGUGCUGCAUUUGAUAAACUAUGCACAAUGAGAUUUGUUUUGUGUGAAGGAGCAUUUCGAGAGUGCAAACAGCUAGCCUUUGAGUACAGCGGCCCAAGUGGACCGUAUCUGUUCCGAGUCCCUCCUGAACUAAUCCCAUUUAAGAACCUGCUGAAGCUUUGUGGGAUAAGGGACAAGUUUGAGGUGAACGACUUUCUUCAAACGCUACAGAAAUUGAAGACAAAAUAUGAAGACACUCCACUUCCCAAGUCCGAUCUUAAAACUGCUAAGGCGAUGAUGUCUGAAAUUGUUUCAAAGUCGGCAGCCGAUUCUGAUGGAACAAGAAAUAUCUUGGAAGGUGCUAAGAUAUACAUCCCUGACAAUCGUGGCGUCUUGCGGACAACCUCAGAAUUAACGUUCAAUGACGUAGACUGGGAAGGAAGUUGGGGAAACAAUGUGUACACGCAUUCAGGUAUGUCCUUCAAUGAUGCAAAGGUUUUUGGCAUCAUCACACAGAGAGAGAAGCAACUUGAGACAUGUUCUUCUUCCAGUGGCUUCGAAAUGGAAUUUGGGCAACAGGAAGAACUGACGGACCGUCUGAGUGGUAUUCUAAGAUCCUAUCCUAAUGUAUCUGACGUUUUCAAAGAGGUCCUUCAAAAUGCUGAUGAUGCUGGUGCAACUGAGAUACAUUUUGUACACGAUCCCCGCAGUCAUCCGUCUAAAAAAAUCAUAUCAAAAUCCUGGGCUGCUGUACAACAACUCCCAUCUUUGUGCAUCUAUAAUGACAAGCCCUUUACUGAAGCAGACAUUAAGGGAAUUCAGAAGGUAGGAGUCGGGGGAAAGAGAGAUGACAUUGCAACAACUGGAAAGUUCGGCAUCGGUUUCAAUGCCGUUUACCAUCUGACAGAUUGCCCAAGUUUCAUGAGCAACAGCGACACCCUGUGUGUGUUUGAUCCCCUAUUGAAGUAUGUUCAAGGGACCCGAAAAACGUCCCCUGGUAAAAGGUUUUCAACUGCAGAGAAAUUCAGAGAGUUGUACCCGGACAUGCUGAGUGGAUAUUUGGAGGACAUAGACGAAAUCUGUGGAAAGAAAGGCACAAUGUUUCGUUUGCCACUUCGAGCUCAGGCUUCCGUCAUUUCAAGGAACGUUUACAGCUCCUCCGAUAUGUGCAGUUUGCUGGAUGAUUUCCAGAAGGUUUCCCAGGACGCCCUUCUCUUUCUGAAUAACAUCACCAAAAUCACAAUUUCUCGAAUCGAGGAGCAGACGGGUAAAAUACGACAACUGUUCAGCAUCAACGCUACGUUGGCAGAUGAGGACCGUCGGAGCCGUUUGAAACUCGUUGAACACCUGACGUUGUUCAACGAACACCCAUGGCAAGAAAUCGCACCCAUGUCAUGUGUGUACAGCCUCGAGACAAAGGACUCCAAUGACAAUUUGAAGUCUUGGUUGAUUUCACAGAUGCUGGGUUUCAAAGGUCUUGACGUUGAUAGCCAAGUGUUGUCAAAUGCUGCAGAUUUAAAGAAGCCCCUCCCAAGAGGAGGUGUUGCAGCGCUGAUGAAGGACAGUAGACAAGAAGACACGUGUGACCAGCAAUGUACAGCCUACUGCUUCCUGCCAUUACCUAUUUACACAGCGUUGCCCGUACAUGUCAAUGGAACAUUUGAGUUAGAUGCUGCAAGAAAGAGUCUAAAGAAGGGUUGCGCUUAUGAGGAUGGUCUUAUCCACCAGUGGAACAAGCUGCUUGUAGAGAAUGUCAUUGCCCCUGCAUAUGCCGAAUUAAUAACACAUGCACGCAGAACAAUGCUAGGGGAAACUUCUCAUAAAGAUCAGCUCAAACAAUAUGACGACAUCUUCCCUAAACAUCUGGAGGUAGUGCAUGGAGAGUGGCGCCUGUUAGCUGAGGCAACCCUCCGCUAUAUCAGCGACAAUAAUUUGGAGGUUCUGCCGGUGGUAAAACCCACAUCCGGCAACAUCAGCUGGCACCACCCGAACAGUGAUUUGAGUCUGGCAUUUUUCGAUGACUUUGAUGAGAAUGUAGAUUCCAGUGUCGAUGUUACAACAUCCAAACUACAAAGCAGCGCUGCUCUUUUGCGCCCAUUCCUGCUCAAAGUUGGUUUCCACCUCUUGGCUAGCUCUCCUAAACUGUGUCUUGCAUUUCAAGCUUGUGAUGUCAAAGCAGAAUUCGUAUCUGCACAAGCUGUUGUGCAUCACCUCUCAUCCGAGUCUGUAAUUACCCCAGAAUUGCCAGCUCCACUGACAAAAACUGCAUUCAAAGAUUUGAAAACUUUCAAAGCGGUGUUUGAGUAUUGUCUCGACGGUCUUACAAAGCCCACAGAUCUGCAUGGUCUUCCACUUAAACUUGCCAAUGAUGAGACUCUUGGUCAGUUUACUGAAGAAGAUGGGUUGUAUAUGACAUUGCAUUGGAGGGUACUGCCAUCCUUAGGUGAUCUGUUUUUGCACAAGGAUCUUGUGAAAUUGUGCACUGCUUGGUUUGACGAUAAUGAACUUUCAGAAGAUGCCUUCACCAGUAGCGUAUUUAAGAAGUUUACCAUCGCUGAGCUUGGCAGGUACUUGGGAGAGCAGCUUCCAGAGGAUUGGCGAGGAUGUGAUCAGCACGUAGAGUGGCAGCCCAAAAAGGAGGGUCAGCCAUUAGAGUCAUGGCUGAGAGACUUGUGGAAAUUCAUCUGCAGUGAAACUUCUGAAGAAAACUCACAAUUUUCCUUGCAAGCUAUCGAGAACUGGCCGAUUUUUCCGACAACGGCUGGGAAUUUGGUGCCGCCCACUAAAUCCAAAACGGUCUUGGCCCUACACUCCUUAGGUGGCAUUGGAUUCGGGCUAAAGGUGGCUGAAGUACUCCGUAAACUAGGGCUACCGGAAAUUGCAUGGAAGAAAAUGUGCGUAUCUACAUGUAACACAGCAGAUCCACCAACUGAUCUAACACCGAUACUGCAUGCAUACUUAGCCUUACCAAAGUCAUAUGGAGACGUUAUCGGCGUAAUCCAAUAUAUGACAGCCACCUCUGCCCCGUUUGGUAAGCUUGAACCAAAAGAGUGUGGCACCUUGCUACAUUACUUUCAAGAAGGAUGUGACGAUGAGACGCUGACACUGCAGAACAUCCAGGUAAUCAAAAGCCUUCCCAUUUUCAUGCUUCUUGGAGAGACCAAGACCACAGAUGUCCAACGCCCUCUCAAUUAUCACACUGUAGAGGGAUACGACGUGCUUAGAGAGGAAGCAAACAUCUGGAUGGAUAACAUGAAGUGUGUUUUCCUUGAAGCAAACCCUACCUUGUCUUUAAUCCACAAGGAACUCGGGAUAUCACCUAUCACACAUGCUGAGGUCUACUUGAAGUACAUUCUGCCAAGUUUCCAUCUACUUACACAAAAGGCUAGAAUCAAGCACAUUGAAAACAUCCGAGAUGAAGUUGUUCUUAAGGCCACAAGGGAAGACGGAGAAGUCCUACUUAAUCGUCUUACCAAUGUCGAAUUCAUUUAUGACCAGUUGAACACCCUGCGACCUGCCUCUUAUUUCUAUGACCCAAGAAAUCCGGUUUUUAAGGCAAUGGUUGACCAAGGAAUGUUGCUGCCUGAACAGCCAGAACUUAUGAGACCUCCAAUGAGAGAGUUUCUCGCAAGGAUAGGUCUACACACAGAUGUAACCCCAGAAAACUUCAUCAAGUUCGCGCGAAAAAUAGAAGACAGAGGCAAUCUCCCUACAGAUAAAAAUCAGCUGAAAGUUCUUUGUGACAACUCAAAACUACUGAAGAAUGAACUUGACUAUAAUGAUAGCCUACAUGAUCAGAGAACCCUGUUGAUUGUUGCCACAAUCAAGUUCAUUCCGUCCACUCCUAUUAAACCGGAACUUUUGGAAAUCUGUCCUGCAUACCCUUCAUCUGACAUUCAGACCCCGGCCAGGGUACCAUUCAUUGCGUACUGUGGAUCAGUCCCAUCAAGGUAUACGGAAUUGGUCUGGUCAGCUUCAAGUGUGUUGCCAUAUUGGGCUCUACAAGUUGCUGCGAACAAGAACAUUGGGAAAAAGAAAAAGAGGUUGACAGUUCACGAAUGCCUUGGAAUUGUAACAGAUGAAAGUGCAGUCAUGGAAAAGGUAUUGGCACACACUAAACUGGUCUGCGGAAGCAUGGAGAAAAAGAACGUGAUACACAAGGAAGACAAACUUCCUAAGAAAGUGAGGGAGGAGGUGAAAGGUGUAAUGAAUAAGAUCCUUCAGUACCUGAAAGACAGUGUUACCAAACACAGGGAAAACAUUAAGCGCUGUUUGCUAAACACUCCCAUAUGCCCUGUAGAGAACAGUACUGUUUUUGUGAAGGCAGAUCAGCUGGUAUUCAACUUUGGUGACAUGAAGGAGGGUGUUCUGAAACCCUAUUUGUACACGAUACCACGGGAAUUGAUGUGUUUUGAAAGCAUCUUCAAACUGCUUGGAGCCCAAGAGAAGUGUUCCUUUGAUCAACUUGCUGGAGUUUUGGCGGCCCUAGAGAACGAUUGUGAGAAUGAGCAAAUGAAGUUGAAUCCGAAUCAGCAAAAGUCUGCCAAAUGUGCUGUCGGGGGUAUUUUCAAAUUAUUACACGACCAGAAAGAGAAAUGUCAAAUUUCAGCCUCCAAGCUCUAUCUACCUACCGUAGAAUAUAGCCUAAUGGAGGCACCUCAACUGUAUUAUGCAGAUCCGGACCAAAUGCAGCAAUUAGACACAGUUUCCUCUGGCGGUAGGGCGUUUAUCCUUCCUCUACGAGAGUGCGGAUUCAGAUGCAAAAAUGAAAUAGCUCUCUUCAGCUACCUCCCAAGCAGACUCCGUCCUAAAUUCCUAAAGGAUGAAUUGCAGGAGAAGCCGUGUGACACCAACGAAGACUGCAGGGAGGGACACGAUUGUCAAUACUUGGCACACAUCAAGCAUAUGGUGACCUCCGAUGAGAUGACAGAAGUAUUGCUGAGACUUUGUCAACACCAACUGAACGAAUUGGAAGUACGCGUGGAGGAUGUUAAACGCAUUGAGGUGUUGCAAGAUUUCAACCAACUUUCCUGCAAGGUAAACUUAGAGCUCGGGUUCUACGACAACGACGGCAGAAAAGUAGCUAACCAGCAGUUUUCACGAAAGGCUUUCUUGGACAAAAACACCAGUACAUUGUUUCUGGAACACGUGUGGCCUUUGGACAAGCACAUGAGUCAAACAUUUCGGGAAGUCGCAGAAUGUUGUAAUGACCUGCUUGGUGGUUUGUUGAACGAAAGACACGUAUCUAUCCUGCAGAGUGCAUUAGACAGCCCAAGUCCCUUUGAGAUGAGCGACGUUUUGUCGUCAAAUAAGAUUCCAUACUAUUAUGGAGACUCAUGGAGACACAGACCAGGAACAAUCAUACCUCGUGAUGUACGAACUCUCCUUAACGAUGACCCAUUCAACCGUUUCGAAGCAGGUGAGAUCGUUGGUUACAGAAGAACCAUAGGUGAGUUGCCUCCAGAAGAUGCAGUUGCUACGCGGAGUAGAGAAAGGCGGGCGAUAUCACAUGCUUUAUCAACAGACGAAGCAACUGAGAUUAUAUAUGCCGUAAUUGUUGGUCAAGUCGGCACGGAUGAAGAGAAUAGUAUCUUGUCGAGGCAGUAUGAAAUCGAUGUUGGUCUGGAAGAGCAUCUUAUCGUUAGUGUGACAACGCUCUUUAAGUUUCUGAGUCUUAAGGACGAGGAUGACAGAGGGUUGCCAAGUAGGCCUAAUACCCUUCCGGCAGACCCUCAAAAUGACAUAGAACAGAUUCAGAGGGAGGUAAGAGAAGCCAUGGCGUUACCAAAAGAAGAACAGAAGAGGGUUAUCAACCGUCUAUAUCGGAAGUGGCAUCCUGAUAAGAACCCAGGCCAGGAGGAGCGUACCAAUAAGGCUUUUCAGUUCCUAAUACAGGAGAUAAACCGCUGUGAUGUGACAGACCAGUACGAACAGCACUACUCUUGUUGGGAGUCAGAGGUUAGGAGAGACAGGGAAGAAGCCAGGAGAUAUCAACAGAUGCAUAACCGAAGUCGAAGAAGGAGACGGAACAAUGCAAGGUGCAGCAAUGUCCCACCCUCCUUUUCGAGAGAGUCUCCAGACCCACGCAGUGCACGACUGUGGUUCCGGCAGGCCAGGGAACACUUAAGUGCUGCUGAGAAGACGAGUCAACUCGGACCAUCCCAAGUACAGUGGAUUGCUUUCCAGGUCCACCAAGCAGCCGAAGUGGCUCUCAAGGCAGCCCAGUACAGCCUAACCGGACGCCCUGACACUCACAGUAACAGUGUGACCGGUUUGGCAAGCAUAGUCUGCAACCACCGCUAUGUAACCUCAAAUGAGUUGAAAAACAUCGCGAGUGAUUUAGAACGUCAUGAGUGUCUUUACGACAAGCCUCGCUACCCUGUGAGUCGGAUUUCACAGACUAGUGGACAGGCAUAUCAAGGCUUCAGUGUAGAGGAUGCCAUGAGACUCAGCAAAGCCCUACUCAGUCUCGUCCAGGACAUAAUCGGAAUCAAUGAGUUUUAAGUAUGGACUAUAGCACAUUAAACCAGCAGAUGAACGAGGUUGAAGAUGUUAAGUAGUUAGUUAUAUGCAUGGGUUAUUCUGUAAUUUAGGGGUCCAAAGUAGGACAUUGCAUAAAAAGGGCGCGAAAACUAAGUUAUCGGUUAAGCUCGCUUUUCUUAAUAUGAGAUGUUGUACUUACAUUAGGAUGGCCUUGGUCAAUGCGUUCGUCAUUAUUCGUUCGUACGCGGUAAACGAUCGGCGGCAUAUCCUCGCUAUGCAGUGCAUUAAAAAUACAGCGCGAACAGCGACCUCAUGUGGCCACAAUUUUAUGCAAAUCAUUUGGAUUCGAUCGAAUGCCUUGGUCCAAUCGUCAGCAAAAGCUUAUGUUUUUCUUUAAUUUGCGCUAGAUUUCCAGCGCACGACCUCAUGCGAAUACAGAUACUGUAUGCGGGGCUAAUAUGUGGAAUGUCGAAUCACACUUUGGUAAAUCUCGACGUCAUCAAAUCAUUCGCAGCUAUUUGCCCAUUGCGGACGGGUCAGAAACCAUAUUUUUUGUGUGCAUUGGUGCUGUGUGAAAUGUGAGACAUCGACGUACACACAACGUGUGUGUAAUACAGUACUUGUUUCGCCAUCAGUACCGCUCAGUUACUAUAAUAUGCAAGUUUCCACGCAACGAUGGACCAAUAAGAAAACGACUUUUAAGGUCAGCUUAGGUUAUUAGCAUAAUGAGCACCACCACCAAAACGUCAAAUGGAUGAUUGAACCAAGGCGUUUGUCUGGAUCCAGAUGAUUUGCAUACAAUAGUGGCCGCAUGAGGUCGCUGUUCGCGCCGUAUUUUAAUACACUGCGUAUAGCUAGCGAGGCCGAGGAUAUGCCGCCGAUCACUAAGCUUACCGCGUACGGACGAAUAAUGAUGAACGCCUUGACCAAGGCUUACAUCCGGAUGGUAAAGUGCAAGCCUUUUCAACAGACAGGAGAUCUUUACAAAUUUCAUGUCAUCUGGAACAUGAAAAACACUAGGUUUACACGUAACUGGGACACCACAAAUGGUCAUUGGUAAUUUUUUUUUGUUUCUUAGCAUUGCCGUCUUGUUAUUUUCUUAUCCUUUUAUUUAAUGGGCAGGAUGUGUAAAAUACCAAGGAAAAGUGAACAAUUUUUACCAUGAAAGACACUUUACACACAACUCAAUUGGGUCACACGUAACGGGGACACGGGACACCAAAAUGUUACGCGUGAACCCAUAAUAUUGGAGAGCACCAUCUUUACACCAUUAUUUCUUUUAAAAUGGAGUUUGUACAUCAAUGAUUUUGCCCUAAAUAUGGCAUAGUUUCCCUUUUAAGGAGGCUAAAAAUGAAUGUGACUAUUUUGAGACUGUUAUUUUUGUCCCACUUUCUAGCCAAAAAUAUGAGAAUUUGCGAUUAUUUUUUUUAUACAAAACAGGCACUAAAUAGGAUCAAGAUAACACAUUUGUAGGUUUUGUCAAUGCAAGUUAUUGGAGUUUGUUACACAUAAAGUAUCAUUAACUUUAAUACAAUCCUAUUUAGUAGAAUUAAACAAAAAAGACAAUUUCUAUUGGACCCCUAAUUUAUAAAAUGACCCACUAACAAAUGCGUUGAAACGAAUUGUUGACAGCCACUGCAUUCGGUGCAAACUAACAGUUCAAAUUUCUAAAUGAUCAAUGUAGCAAAUAGUUUAAAGUUAAUAAUGAUCGAUGAAACAAAAAGUUUAAAGUUAAGUUUGAUCAAUGUAACAAAUAGUUUAAAGUUCAAAAUGAUCAAUGUAUUGACAAAAAGUAUAAAGUUUAAAAUGAUCAACAUACAUGUACCUUAUAGUGAAAAAUUGCUCUUGCUUUAUCUGUAAUCUGGCGUGCAAGCCACAUUUUGUUUGUUGCUCGCUGUAGACCCUUCACGUAAACAAACAAUGCCGAACACUUUUCUCGUAUUGAUUAUUACCAGAGUUUGGAGCAUAUCGUUGCCUUCUUAAUAGUUUUGAAACUUGACAGUUACACUUAUGUUUAAAGGAUAAUUUUCAGGCAUAACAUUCGCGCGUUUGUUUUUUAUUGAAUUGCUACUUUAUCUUUCAAAUUUCUACCGAUUUACGUGUGAUAUAUGUAAAGCAUACAUCUCUGCAUGUAAUUUAUAUGCUGAACUUUUACUGAAAGGACUACUAGUGUAAAUUUGCCGAGAUGACUUCUGGUAAACUCGGUGUGUAUUUUGCGUGUUUCAACGUUAGCGUGCUUCGUGUUGACCAUUUUGAUUGUAAUGAAUUUCUUGACUUGUUAUUGAUAGGCCUAGGCCUAGCUGUUGUGCCGUGGUAGUAGAGUAGUCAAAGAUACUUAUUUCUGUAAUUUGCCAAAAUAUCUAGACAUUGUGUUUCUUCUCGGUUUGCCUCUUCAAGCAGUGGAGUUGGUACAAAAACGAAAACACUGCUUUACGAAAACACUGCUUUAUGUCAUUUUGUUUUUUGGACACUUCCACAGUAUACUGCAGUUGCACAAAAGUGAUAAUCACUUUGAGUUGGAGCCUGUGUCAUAGGUCUUGCUCUUUUAUAUUUAAAAGUGGAGACUGUCACUAAACAUCAAUUGUCAACAUUCUCGCUGCAAAAAAGUAACAAUAAAAUAUGUUUUUAUUGGUGGAAAAGGACUAUACUGAACAAUAAAAGAGAAGCUGCUAACUACAACUAUCAUAAUAAUGAAGAGAAA